CUCUCUUUUGCGCUCUGCUCUCAACACGUCUGUCUCUCUCUCUCUCUCUCUCUCUCUCUCGUCCCUGUGAUUGAAUUGGAUUAAGUCUCUCUCAUAUUGUUUUGUGUUUCUCUGUCAAUCUAUCUAACUAACUGCAAUCUCUAUCCUACUCUCUGUUCUCGCCCAUUCAGCUUCUGGAGCACAAAUGAUUAGAACCACGGUUUCCUUUUGAUUUUCUUUGAUAUUUAUACCAUUUCUCAUUAUUUUUUACGUAACUCUCUCUCUAGCUUUUGAUCCCUUCCCUCACCUUCCCUCUUGACUUCUCUGUUAGAAAAAAUCCACAAACGUGAAUCAGUGGUGGCGAUGAUUAUAAUGAAACGGCCGCUUAAACUUCCCUGCAUUAUCUGAAUCACCCAUUAAUGGCAUCCCCUGAAAUCGCCAUGGGAGAAAGCGCAAUUGAGAAUGGGGUUUCAGAAAAUGAAAAUGGAGUUUCAAGAGAAGAAAAUCGGGUGUCAAAGAAAAAAGAAGAGGAGAAAAAGGACCCUGUAAUGCAGGCUAAAAAGUUGCAAAGCAAGCUUAGAAAGAUCCCUCCAAUACCCAUUCGAAGAAGCAAGGAUGGAAAACGUGAGGGUGCUGAGAGUUACCCUUCGUCUUUAUUAAUGGCCUCGUCACUCAGUCUCCAUUACAUAAGAACCAGAUCGGCCGGUUUCUCUUGCCCUCCCCCUACUGAUUCUACACACUCUGAAAACCUAAUUUCUUCAGACAUGGUUGCGCCAUUGCAAGAUGGAAAGCCCCACGUUGAAUUAGGUAAAAAAGGUUCACAGCUUCAAUCCAAACCCUCUGAAUGUUCUGAUGCACCGUUUUCUGUGGAAGAGGAUGCUUGUGAGACUUCUGGCACACCAAAGGAGGUUGAUUCUCCUCGCUUCAAAGCGAUAUUGCGGGUUACAAGUGGUCGUAAGAAGAGAUUCCCAGCUGAUAUUAAGAGCUUCUCUCAUGAACUGAACUCAAAAGGAGUAAAACCAUUUCCAUUCCGGAAACCUCGUGGCUUAAGUCAUUUGGAGGAAAUCAUGGGCCUUAUUCGUGCAAAGUUUGACGGAGCAAAGGAAGAAGUGAGCUCUGAUCUCGCAAUUUUUGCUGGGGAUUUGGUUACUUUACUUGAAAAGAAUGUGGAUGCUGAGGAUUCAUGGAAGAAAUCAUUGGAGGAUCUAUUGGUUCUUGCCCGAGAAUGUGCCAUGAUGUCAUCUAACGAGUUUUGGCAACAGUGUGAAAGCAUUGUCCUACAUCUAGAUGAUCAGCGACAAGAGCUGCCUAUGGGCACACUUAAACAGCUUUACAUUCGUAUACUUUUUAUCCUCACCCAAUGCACCAGACUCUUGCAAUUCCAUAAUGAAAGGGGGGGCUUGACUGAGGAUGAACACAUUCUUGGCCUUCAUCAAUGCAGUGAUCUUGGGUUUUAUCCUGACAAGCAUGUAUUGAUAGAGGGGGGACAAGAUGGCAAGAGAUCGAGUAUCAGAAAAGAAUAUAAGUCCAAGUCCACAAGGAAGUAUUAUGUUGAGGAUUUGAGUGGUUUGGGCCGGAACCAAGAUCAAUCUGGUCAUCUUUCAGAUGUUGACACUGCUAAAUCUUCUGAUUCACCAGCCAGUAGGAAUCGCAUAUCUUCUUGGAAGAAACUCCCCUCUGCGGCAGAGAAGAACCAGAAAAAAGACUCAGAAUUGGAUGAAUCUCCAUUGUCAGGGAAACACAAUUCUUUUAAGCAUGAGAGACAAACUGAGGUAGAUGCAAACAUUGAAACUGCCAAGACCCAUCAAGAUUCUGGAAGUUCAGCUGUUACUUCCACUAAUACACGAAGAGUUUCUUGGGGUUGCUGUGAAGACCCACACCACAACUCAAAUGGUAAUUCUAUGAUAUGUCGCAUUUGUGAGGAAAAAAUUCACACUUUACAUGUUGAAGAUCACUCUAGGAUUUGUACUAUUGCUGAUAGAUGUGAUUUGAAGGGCUACAGUGUUGAUGAGCGCCUUGAACGAAUAGCUGAAACCCUAGAGAGAAUAUUGGAUUCAUGUACACCUAGAAGCUCAAAUAAUCCUGGUUUAGGUAGUCCAGACCUCACAAAGGUGUCUGACUCUAGCGUAUCAGAAAGAUUAGAGUGUCUUUCUCCAAAGACAAGUGAACUGCCUCAUCAGAGUUCUGAAGAAAUGAUUGAUUUCAUUCCUGAGGACAGUGAUUCUUCCAUUAUGAAUGAUAUGAGAGACCUUCCUUCAGUAGAAAGCACAACACCUCAAUCUCCUCUUUUGACACCACGAGCUAGCCAGGUUGAAUUGCUAUUGUCAGGGAGGAAUAUGUUCUCUGAAAGUGAAAACUUCCAACAGGUUAGUGAUCUUGUUGACAUUGCUAGGUGUAUUGCAAAAGCAGACACAGCUGAUGAACAAGCAUCGGAAAACUUGGUUUCUUGUCUGGAAAACCUGCAAGAUGUUCUCCUGAACAGGAAAGUGGAUGCCCUUAUUGUUGAGACAUUUGGAAGACGCAUUGAAAAAUUAUUUAGGGAGAAGUUCCUCCAUCUUUGUGAUCAAGCAGAUGAUGACAAAGUAGAUACAUCGAGUAAUGCUAUUGAGGAAGAUGGUUCCGUUGACGAUGAUCUGGUUCGUAGCUCACGAGCAAGCCCCGUCAACAAUAAAGACAGGACUUCCAUAGAUGACUUUGAAAUUAUAAAACCAAUUAGUCGAGGGGCAUUUGGACGAGUUUUCUUGGCAAGAAAAAGAACAACUGGUGACCUAUUUGCGAUAAAGGUUCUUAAAAAGGUGGACAUGAUCCGUAAAAAUGCAGUAGAAAGUAUUUUGGCUGAGCGUGACAUCCUUAUUUCAGUUCGCAAUCCUUUUGUUGUACGCUUUUUUUAUUCAUUCACGUGUAGGGAGAACCUUUAUCUUGUGAUGGAAUACUUGAAUGGAGGGGAUCUCUAUUCCCUACUAAGAAAUUUGGGUUGCUUGGAUGAAGACAUGGCUCGUGUAUAUAUAGCAGAAGUUGUUCUUGCCUUGGAGUACUUGCAUUCAUUGCAUGUGAUACACCGUGAUUUGAAACCAGACAAUUUAUUGAUUGCUCAUGAUGGUCAUAUCAAGUUGACAGAUUUUGGGCUUUCUAAAGUUGGCCUUAUCAACAGCACUGAUAAUCUAUCUGGUCCACCAGUCAGUGGAACUGCAGAGCUUGGACAAGAUAGGCCCCAAUUAUCUGCAUCUGAGCAAUCACAUAAAAGAGAGGAACGUCAGAAACAGUCAGCUGUUGGUACUCCUGAUUAUUUGGCACCCGAGAUACUAUUAGGAAUGGGCCACGGUACAACUGCAGAUUGGUGGUCUGUUGGUGUUAUUCUUUUUGAGCUGAUUGUGGGUAUUCCACCUUUUAAUGCUGAGCAUCCACAGAUAAUCUUUGAUAACAUACUUAAUCGUAAUAUCCCAUGGCCCCAAAUACCUGAGGAAAUGAGCUGUGAAGCACAAGACUUGAUUGACAAGUUGCUGACUGAGGAUCCAAUUCAGAGACUUGGAUCUACCGGAGCUGCAGAGGUUAAGAAGCAUGCUUUCUUUAAAAACAUCAACUGGGAGACACUAGCUAGGCAGAAGGCAGCAUUUGUUCCUGCAUCAGAUGAUGCACAUGAUACGAGCUAUUUCAUGAGCCGUUACAACUGGGCUUCAUCAAAUGGUCAUGUUUAUGCACCCUCCAAUGAGUAUGAUGAUGAGUCGGACAUUUGCAGCACUAGUUGCAGUAGUUCAUUGAGCAACCUCCAGGACGAAGAUGGAGAUGAAUGUGGCGGUUUGGCUGAUUUCAUUUCUAUACCAGUUGUGCACUAUUCAUUCAGUAAUUUCUCAUUCAAGAACUUGUCUCAGUUAGCCUCCAUCAAUUAUGACUUGAUUACAAAGAGUGGAAAGGAUUCUCCAAAAGUCUCGAAUCCAUCAGUUCCACUUGAAUAGAAGAGUUUACAAGGAUGAGAGAAAGAGUCAUGGCCUCAUAUUCCAAGUUCUUUAGUGUGCCAUACCCUGCUUUGGGUCAUGGCCUCACCGGGUUUUCUCUAUGUAGAUUUGCAAAUGUCUCUUAAGUUUCUUGGUGAACCUCCAAGUAUGAAGGCCAAGUUUUCUCAAAUUUAUUGGUCAUGGAGGAGCCAGUUUGAUAUGUUUAGUUGAUCCCAUGUAUAUUGAUGUCGUAGGUUCUACACCAAGAUGGAUAGAAUUUUCCAUGGAGGGGGACCUUUUCUGAAGCCUGUGUGUUUUCGGGGUGAAAUUUUGUUUGAAGAAAAUGUAGUGGCUGACAUAUCAGCAAGGAGGGGUCUCGUUUCGUUCUUUUGAGGGGAUUAUUAUCAUCUUAUCCUUUUCUCUGUCCGUACUAUUGAGUAUAGUUUGAUGUCCUCAAUCAAUGGUUGUAUGUAUAGAAAAAGAAACUACAUGUAGUUUGAGAAGAGGCUCUGCAACUUCUAGGGUUUUGGAAAUCGGGGUUUGUCAAUAUCAAGAGUUUGAAAGAGUUGUGUUUUUUCUGUUGGAAUUGAGGGAGAAAAUGCCAAAACCUUAAGAAUCUCUGCUACCUCCUUAUCUAUAUAUAGCAAACUUCUAUUCUCCACAUAACAAACAGUAGCC